AUGGGCAUAGAUUGGAAGGGCAGAAAGAGUGAUUUGUUAAAGCCGGGAAAUUGGUUUAGGAGGUCCAGGUCUUCAUCUGGAGCAUCGGGCGAGCGUGGAAUUGCUACAUCUGCGAGACUCAGUAUAUCGUCUCAUUCAGACGCGCAUCUAGAGCGAUUUAGAGCCUCUCUGCUUUCUCAUACAUCAAAGCCUUCUUUACGACAAAGGCCAUCUACACCUCUCGGAGAGUCUCAACUGGCUGAAGUUCAUCUAACCCCGCCUUUGCCGACGACAGAAUCCCAACCACCACCGCUCUGUCCACGCCCUUUGUCACCCUCUUUUUCUUCAAACUCUAUCGAAGUCGAAGUCCCAGAGCCACCGACUCCGUUUUCAGACCUCUGGGCUCGAGCCUUUAGUGAGGCUGAUGACGAGACUCAGAAAUGGAUCAAAAAGCAUGGACUAGACUCCUCCACAGGUCUUGCGCAAGACCAAAUCAAAGAACUCAUCAAGCUCGUGGAAGGCAAUAAGCUGUCUGAACAAAAUGACGAACCGUUGAAAAUCGAGAUUGGCAAUCAGAAAAUCAUCGUUCGAGAAUACGUUGCUGAUGCUGUUGCCUUUAUUACCAUGGUUGGUGACGCUGCCAUCACUUUCACCCCUCCACAGGCCAGCGCGCCAUGGGCUGUUGCAAAGGCGGUCCUAAAAAUCGCGGUCAAACAAAUCGAGCAAAAGGCCGCUCUUCUGGGAAGCGUACAGUGGUUUGCACGCAUUGUACGAAGAGGGCAAAUCUACGAGGCUAUAUAUAAUGCGGCGGCUGCAGAUGAAAACGCUAUUCAGAAUUUAUACGAUGCACUCUUGGACGUAUACAAGACAGCUCUGGAGUUAUUAGCAUCUUCCGACACCUUAUUCGGUAGCGGAGUGGCCAGACAGACUUUAAAAGCAGUCUUGAGGCCAGAGGGUGCUGCUGGAAAAUUGAACGACCUAUACAAGAAAGAACAGCAGCUUAUUAUAGAGGUUCAAGCCUGUGAGGCCUCGCGGUCUGCCAUUUCGUCCAAGCAGGCAAACGACGACUUGGAAGAAUUGAAACGACAAUUACAUCAGCUAUCAUCGCCCCUUCUUCGGAUGGAUGAAAGGGUUGCGACUCUUCUAGAAAAGUGGGAAGAAAAAGAUUUUGAUGCAUUGAUGCACUUCAUUAGCUCAGAGAUGUUCGGGAAAAGUCAUGCUGCUGUCACAGACGCAAGGAUAGAGCACACUGGGGAUUGGAUAUUGGUCAACGGAGAUUUCCGUGCUUGGCAAGAGAUAUCUUCUUCUUCGGCUGUAUUAUGCCUUAAAGGAACUGUUGGCACCGGCAAAACGUAUCUAACAUCCAGGGUGGUUGACUACGUCAAGCAAACACUUGAUACGUCGGAACAUGACGAAGGGUUUGCCUAUUUCUACUGUAAUCGAUCAGGCCCUUCGAUGCAAGACCCGAUCGUUGUCUUAAGAAGCUUUGUUCGUCAGCUAGCUGGCAAGGCUUUUGGCGAGCCUGGUUUCAUCCAAAGUAGCCUCGCACAGAAAUGUAAGGCUGCGAGGAGAGAGGGGAGAGAAUUAGGUCACAAGGACUGCGAAACCUUGAUUCUGGAAUCCUUGAAUUUAUACUCAAAGACGACGAUUAUUCUGGAUGCUUUGGACGAAUCUGACAUCACCACUCAUAAUUUGUGUACUAUUCUUAUCAAAAUGAUGGAAGAGUCCAAAAGACCUGUCAAGAUUUUUAUUUCUACCCGACCUGACCGAAAGUAUUUAAAGGCAUUCCGAGAUAAGCAUAUUAUUACUCUGGAUGCUAGCAAUCAGCAAGGAGAUAUUGAGAGAUUUCUCGAACAGAAGCUUUACUUAACCGAAUCGUUUACGGAGCGAAGUCAAGAAGCCCAAGACGAAAUCAAACAUGUUUUUGCAACGCGGAGCUGCGGAAUGUUCCGAUGGGUUUACUUACAAGUGAGAAGCCUUGAAAACCAUAUCACGGAUGAUGCUGUCCAUAAUUGGGCCCGUAAAUUGCCUCGCAAUUUAACAGAAGCGUAUGAUCAGCUUUGGGAUAAUAUGAGAGGGCAUGAUGACUUUGACGUCGACCUGGCUGAGCGUGCCAUUAUGUGGGUGCUGUGUUCUUUUGAGCCACUCUCGUCGAAAGUCUUUUUAGAAGCCAUUCGGUAUGCCGUCAAAGGAUCCACAGUGAUACAAAAGAAAGAACAGACGAAGCAACAAAUUCUAUCACUUUGUCAAGAUCUCCUGACUAUUGAUGAAGAAAGGGAUGUUUGGAUGCUGCCACAUGCCUCUGUGGCGGAAUAUUUUGAAUCAAAAGGCUACACGGAUUGGAAGUGCGAUGUGUUUGCGUCAAAAGUGUGCCUCGGCGUCCUCGGAAACUUUCAGCCGGAAAGGAUAGAAGGUGGCACUUUCGCACAUUACGUUACAGAACAUUGGGGCGAGCACGUUGGGCGAUACGACCAAUGGCUAGGAACGAUGGGAGAACAUGAAGCAAAGGCCGACCCGCAUCUUGUAGGGGCCCUGGAGUGCUUCCUCGGCUCACCAGGUGAAAGCAGCGCCAACUAUCGAAAAUGGGCCGAGAGCAUCUUUGACCUGGGAGAUUUCGACUUGGCUUUGUUUGCCGUGUGUCGAUAUGGAUUAUGGUACACCUUGCGCGACUGGUGGCUGCACAGCAAAAUUACCAUGGAGAUGGCCAUUGAAGAAAAUGCCUACGGCGAUACCCCACUUUCGCUCGCGGGUGGGAGCAACUGCUUGCCAAUGGUCAAACAUUUGUUCGGCUUGAUUGACGUGCAUCCACACGCUACGGAGAAGUGCGUUCGCGCGUUGAAUUCCGCACUCGCCAAAGAAAAUUUCGACAUUGUGACGUUCUUGAUAAUGGAGGCAAAGGUAGAUGUUAACCUUCCAGAUCGCAGACGGGGGGAAACUGCUGCACAGGCGGCCACCUGGUAUCGCCCCGCAACGCUGCAAUGGAUGCUGGAUCAAGGCAUCGUAAACGUGGAGAGGGAGAACGACGGCGGGCACCACUGUGGCAACGUCUUGAUUGAAGCGGCGUAUUGCGGAAAAGUCGAAUCGGUCCAAAUCCUGCUCAACGCUGGAGCCAAUGCGAAUGCCGCCUUGCACAGCGGCGACUACGGAAGUUCCCUUGUCGCAGCAGUAAAAGAAAUGAACACGGCAAUUGUCCGGCUGCUACUCGAUCAUGGCGCAGAUCCAAAUUUACCCCUGAAAUGUGGAGAAUAUGGCAGCGCGCUUGAGGCAUCAAUGACAUCGCAGUUUAGGGAGUCAGAGAGAAGAGAAGAGCGAAAACAGAUACGGCACAUGCUGCUUGAUGCUGGUGCAGAUCCCACAGCCGUGCUUGAACGAGGAGAUCACGGAAGUGCACUGGCUGCUGCAGCGUUCUGGGGGCGAAAGGAAAUCCUCAAGGUCAUGAUUGAUCGCGUUGGGGCGGAGGGUGCCAUCCGAGCCCUCCGUCGGAGCAGAUACCCAAGUAUGAAUCGAUAUUUUCAAGAUGAAGAAGACGUCCAGAGAUGGAAGGAUACGAUCACGUACCUCGGCCAAGUGGGGGUCAGUAAAGAAACCCUUCAUAACAUUGGCUUGUGGGAGGAUAUCGAGCCUGAGGAGAGUAACGGCUAUUAUGGGAAGUAUUUGCUGGAUUACUCAAAGAUAAAGCAUCACGAUAGUUGA